AUGCAAAGAAUGAAAGCAAUUCUGCGAGUGAGAUUCCGGUCAAGAAGCCAUGAGAAGAACACACGACGGUUCGGUGGAACCCAGGCAGGGGCUGCGGCUGCCUCGAAUCGAAUUGCAAGGCAAGCUUUUGUCUUGCGAGCCUGGCAAGGUUAUGAAUACAAGGAUGCGCAGAUGCUUAGCAUCCGGGCGAUGGUCAACGAGCUGUCGUUGAAGUCUGGGGCCGAGUACGAUGUCCAUCUUCUAGUCGAGAUCAAAAACCUCAGCUUGCCAAUAUGGAGCUCGCACAGUUCCAUAACUGGCGUAUUUCGGUCAGGACACUGGCCGGUGCAAUGGUUUUCCCAAGAGCAUCCUGAGUACAAAUUCUUCUGGAACUGGGAGAUGGACGUCCGAUACACGGGACACUAUUAUGAGCUUGCGAAUGCAAUAUCCAAAUGGUCGGACAAGCAACCACGCAAAGGAUUAUGGGAGCGCAGCAGUAAGUUCUACAUACCAAGCGUGCACGGCACAUGGAGCAAGUUUGUCGACAUUGUCGGUUUGGCUGCAUAUCCAGAGGGCGUCUUCCCUCCUACAACCUAUGAAAAGGACAACUAUGAAUGGGGCGUCGGCGAACCGGCGGAUCUCAUCACCUUCAACCCCAUCUUCGACGUCGCCAAGUCCACGUGGCUACAUGCCUCCGACGUCACGGGAUAUAGCACAAAACUGGAACUGCCGCCCAGACGCUGCUCUGUCGUUGCCGUCACCCGCAUGUCCAAGCGUCUGCUCGGUAUCAUGUACGAGGAGACUUGGAGCAAACGACACAGCAUGUUCCCCGAAGUCUUCCCGCCAAGCAUUGCGCUGCACUACGGUCUUAAGGCUGUAUACCCUCCAUUGCCAGUGCAUCUAGACCGCGCCUGGAAUCUCGAGUGGCUGAAUCGAGUAUUUAACUGGCCCACGAAUGAGAAGGAGAGCGUCUUUUCGUUCUUUGAUAACGCAGCGCCCGGCUUUGGUGAAUUCAAUCACCUGGGCAGCACAUUCUAUUUCUUAGCACAGUUCGGUAGCUCACUCUGGAGGCGGUGGAUUGGUGCGAACGAGGGCGGCAUUGGCGGACAAGAAUGGGAGGCAGAAAACGGAGGCACGAUGUGUCUGAGAGGUGCAUUGAUACACCCAGUGAAGAACGACGGGCUGUGA